UUCCACGUCGAAAUCGGGCUUCCAUUCAAGAGCUUAGGUUUAUCUAUUUCUAAGCAAAAACUAUCUGCUUUAGAAUGUUCGAGGUUGGGAAUUUUUAGGGUUUGGAAGAGCUGUGUAUUUUUUUUAGUAGGGUUUUAAUUUUUACAGUAUUUACAUACGAUCACCAAGGGCAUGGUUUUGGGAUUUGAAUUAUUAUAGCGCUUUUGCCAACAUUUUGUCUCGAAUUAUAACACUAUUUGAUGAUUCAUUUUCCGAAUUUUUAGGGGGAUGAUAUAGGGUUUGAUUUUUAGAGGGUUUGGUAAUCGAAGGUUUGAAAUUAUAGAGGGCGUUUUUUCUGAAGGACUUUAGAUUUCGAGAACAUGGGAUCGACUGCAGGGCAGCCGCAGUUCCGGAACACUCAGCCACCAGUCAAGGUUCUGCACCUUAGAAAUUUGCCGUGGGAAUGCACGGAGGAGGAGCUUAUUGAAUUGGGGAGGCCAUUUGGGAAAAUUGUCAACACGAUGCUCAAUGUUGGACCGAAUCGCAAUCAGGGGUUUAUGGAAUUUGAGGACCUCAAUCAAGCUAUUUCAAUGGUUUCAUAUUAUGCUUCAUCAUCAGAACCUGCUCAGGUGCGAGGCAAAACUGUAUACCUGCAAUACUCAAACAGACAUGAAAUUGUCAACAGUAAAAGAGCUGGGGAUGAACCAAGCAAUGUACUGCUGGUGACAAUUGAAGGGGUAGAAGCUGGUGAUGUCAGCAUUGAUGUUUUACAUUUGGUGUUUUCAGCUUUCGGUUUUGUGCAUAAAAUUGCAACCUUCGAAAAAAGUGCUGGUUUUCAGGCACUGGUCCAAUUUAGUGAUGCAAACACAGCUGCUUCAGCAAGGUCUGCUCUAGAUGGUAGAAGCAUUCCGAGGUAUUUGCUAGCAGAGCAUGUGGGCCCUUGUCACUUGCGCAUGUCAUUUUCUGCACAUACUGAUUUGAAUGUCAAAUUCCAGAGUCACCGAAGCAGGGACUACACAAAUCCAAAUUUACCUGUUGCCCCUUCUGCUAUAGAUGGAACUGGGCAGUUUGGCAUAGGUCCUGACGGACAAAGAAGAGAGCCAGAAAGUAAUGUGCUUCUUGCAGCCUUUGAGAACAUGCUAUAUGCAGUGAAUGUUGAUAUUCUGCACAUGGUUUUUUCUGCAUUUGGCACAGUUCAGAAGAUUGCAAUAUUUGAGAAGAAUGCAGGAACUCAAGCUUUGAUACAGUAUGCAGAUGUGCCGACUGCAGUGAUUGCAAAAGAAGCAUUAGAAGGACAUUGCAUCUAUGAUGGAGGCUACUGCAAGCUCCAUCUUUCUUAUUCUCGCCACAGAGACCUCAAUGUGAAGGGUAAUAACGACCGUAGCAGAGACUACACACUUCCACAAGUUGGUAUUUUACAAAACCAACCUCCAGUUUUCGGUCAGCAACCUUCAGUUCUUCCUGCUGGUAUUGUUGGACAGGUAUCAUCUGCAAUGCCUGUAUAUUCAGGAAAUCAGCUUGUGUCAGGUGUGCAUCCACCACCACAACCGGGUGUCUUGGGUCCUCGACCAGUUCAAAAUUGGGAGUUUGAACAGUUGCAUCCUGCAUCGCAAGUGGCAAGUUCACCCAUGCCUGGAUCUAUACCAAAUCAAAUAUAUAAUUCCUCUCCUGUAACACCCCAACCUCCUUUAGAUGCAACUCCGCGACAGACUUCCUUGCCUGUGCCACCAUACUCUACAUUUUUUCCCGGCCCUCCCCCUUUAAAGAAUGCAUCACCUCAUGAAAACCAUGCGAAUUUUGGCAUGCCACUGCAGGGCGGGCAGGCUCCUAAUGUUGCUGCUGCAUUCUCUAUGCCCUCACACAGCAAUCAGGCUACAUAUGUAAACACGUUUGUGGGUGGAGUAUCAGGAGGUGGAUCAUCUGCAUAUCAUACAUGAUUGCCCGCGUCCAAUUCUUCUGCAAUCUUUCGGCAGCUUCCUUGCUUUAUUUGCAGUUUAAAGGCCAUCCCAUCUUCAUGAUUCCUUGCUUUGAACAUAAUUGGAAAUUAAAAUGUGGAAGGCCAUGCCAUUCAUAUUCUGUUAUUUAUUUUUCAUACAUAUCUGUGGCAAUCUGCAGUUGUGUGUUUCAUUUGAAAGGAUUACAUUAUCUGUACUGAUGAUGCUAGCAAAAUUAUUUGAAUGGCAGCUAUUUUCCAUGCUGUAAAUGUAUUUUUGUGGAGUUAUAAUUUGAAGCAGAAAGGUAAAUAAUGUUCGUUUUGAUGA